AUGGGAAAAGUACCACCUGAAACAGCUACAAAAGAUGUGGAUAAAGCACCACCUGAAGUAGCUACAAAAGAUGUGAAUGAAGAACCACCUGAACCAGCUGCAAAAGAUGGGGAUAAAGUAGCUGCAAAAGAAGUCGAUAAAGCACCACCUGAAACAGCUGCAACAGAUGUGGAUAAAGUAACAUCUGAAGCAGCUGCAAAAGAUGUGGAUAAAGUACUGCUCGAAACAUCUUCAAAAGAUGUGGAAAAAGUACCACCUGAAACAGCUACAAAAGAUAUGGAUAAAGUACCACCUGAAGUAGCUACAAAAGAUGUGAAUGAAGUACCACCUGAAGCAGCUGUUAAAGAUGGGGAUAAAGUACAACCUGAAGCAGCUGCUAAAGAUUUAGAUGAGGCACCAACAGAAACAGCAGCUCUCAUGAGUGACUCUAAAACUCCUUCCAAAACAGAUGUUAAAGUUUCACCUAUAGUGCCAUCAGAAACAUCUGCUAAGGACAAAACUAAGGAACAUUUAAAAGCAGCUGUAAAAGAUAAAGAGAAAGAUGCUAAAGAUGAAGCUAAGGCAGAACCAUCUGGUGAAAAGGAAGAUAAGGUACCAUUGGAACCAGCUGAUAAAGAUAAAACUAGACAAUUGUCGGAAGCUUUUGCAAAAGAGGAAGCUAAAGAACUAUCAGCUGAAGCUAAAGUAGCAUCAGAAAAGAGGACUGUAGAAUCAUUAGAAUCAACUGUCGCAGUAACAUCAGAGUCAGGUGUCAAGGGUGAUGCUAAAGAACUUCCACAGCCAGAUAAAAAAGAUCCAGAUGAUGAACAUAAAAAAACUGCAGAAGUAGGUACAAAAGAUGAAGCUAAAGAACCUUCAAAGUUAGUUGUUAAAGAUGAAGCUAAAGUAACCGAGGAAACAGUUGCUAAAGAUGAAACUAAAGUCUCAUCAGAGCCACCUCUAAAAGUUGAAGCCAAGCUACCGGCAGAACCAGAUGUGCAAGAACCAACUAAAGAUGAAGCUAAACAGACACCUGUCCCCACUCCUGACAAGCUCCCUGCAUCAGAUGGUGUACAGGCAGCAAAGGCUUUCCCAGAUACAGCUUUACAAGAAAAAGCAUCCCAGGGGGUCAGUAAUCUACCAGGUGAUGCUAAGCAGCCCGUGCAAUCAAAGGACAAGCCUCAUCCUGUGACAGAAUCAAAGGAUUCCAGAUCAGAAGACCAGGCAGGUCCUGAGGUAGAUAAGGGAUUAUCUAACCCCCAUGAUGAUACCAUUAAAGAGGAUCUGGCACCUCUGCAAAAAUGUAAAGAAGAAGAGAAGGCCACUGAUGAUAAAGGUAAACCAGAUGAAAAACAAAUCCCGGAUUCAAGAGAUGAGAAAGACAUAAAAGACAUCGUAGGGUCAAAAAUGCCAACCAAAGAGGAUAAGGAAGUUUGUGAACCCAAAAUAGAGGAUGUUGAAAAACCUGUUAAAUCAGGCAAAGGCAGUAAGGGGGAAGUAGCUGAAAGUAUAGCAUUAAACAAGGUGUCAGGUCAGAGCAAGGACAAAGAUACGGAGCCAACUUCAGAGGUUACUGAUGAAAUAACUGUAGCACAGGAAUCUGCAAAAGAUCAGAAGGAGCCCGAAAAGGUUUCAGAGCCUGAGAAGCUGAAGGAACUGGCUGCGACUGAAUAUAAGAAAGAUCACCCUGAACCCAAGGUGGAAUUAGAUGAUUUGUCUAAGAAGGUGAAAGAUGCUGAUGCGGACAGAGAUGUUACAGUGGAUAAGGAUGCUUCAAAGUCAGCAGAAAAAGAAAUAGAUGCCGCUGGAAAGAAAGAGGGAGCACAGAAAGAUGAGACCAGCGCUACGAAAUCUCCAGAGCAAAGUGGAAAGAAGGAUGAGGAGUCAGACACUACAAAAGCUGAGCCGAAAAAGGAUAGCAAUGAGAAAGUAAUCCCUGAUGACCAACAAAGGGGAAAAGAAGAGAAGGAAACAGACAUCAGGGAGACUGGCAAGGAGGAAGGGAUGGACAUCAAAGGCACAUCUGAUGAGAAAAAGAAUACUCCAGAUGCAUCAAAACCUGCAGAGGCCAUUGUGGGGACAAGCCAUAAAAUUCCACAACAACCAACAUCUAUGGACGUGGGAAUGGCCUCAGCAACACCAGAGACACUUACUGAGGAAGAAGACCAUAAAGAGAAGGCUGUGGAGGAAGAUAAGAAACAAGAGGAAGUAGACAAGCCAUCUGUAUCAGACAUGGACAGUGCUAGAGUUGCAGCGCAGGUGGUAAAUGGAGAGGUGGCUCAUCCAGGUAAAAAGGUAGAAGAGGUCGUAAUGGAAGAAGUUGUGAAGGCGGCCAAACCAGAAAAGGAAGACCUUCCUGAAGCAAGAAAGCUGUCUAAUGGGCCAGUGGAGUGCCAUACAGCCGAUGACGAAACAGUAUCACAGAAGCCCCAACUUUUCGACGACCACCCCCCUCCCCUGGAGGCCAGCCUGAUCAAUUUCGACCGCAGUCCGGAAGAUGUCACGCCGCCUCCCGAGACCGCGGACAUGGAUGACUUUAUGGGACAUACUGACCGCCAGGCUCCUAGGAAUGAGGAUGAAAUAACAGAAUCUGCCGUGGACGACUUUGUAGCUCUGAACCAGGAGGCAGUGAGCCUCAUGGAUACUUCCCACGCUCACGCCGCGCAGUAUUUGGACGACAUGGGUCCGCCCAAAACGGACAAAGCACCCCCUGACGUCCUUCCUCCCUCCUCACCUGGACAACAUGACGACAUGUACAGUUUCCAGAGGCCCAAAGAAGAGGAGGGGUUAAAGUCAUUAGGCGGAUAUAGGCCUGUGUAUGCUAAUGAGGGAGACGUGCAGUUGGAUAAUGAGGGUAACAAGGUAGGAGAAGAUUAUGAGCCAGAGGAGGUGGGCUUCUCGUCGAUGGUGGAGAUGGCAGAACCUGUACAAAGGGAGCCGCCUGCCUGGUCCGGGGGAGCACCAGCUUGGUCUGAAUCAGUGCCUGCGAAUAAGGAUUCAGAACCUGAAUCUGAGGACGAGAAUGUGGAACCUGCUGCUGCCAAUGCUAACGUCCAGCCUGACAAUGGGAAUGUGGAGCCUGGAGUUUCUCCCUGGGAAGCAAAAGAGGAAGCCCCGCCCGCUCAGUGGGCACAGCCGUCCACAAAUCCGUUUGCGGCUUCCCUAAAUCCAUUUGACAGGCAGCCAGAAACGGCAAAUGAACCCUUCGGUGUGGAAGACAAAGUGGUGGAACAAGCUUUUCCACAGGAACCUAUGGAUGUAGAGGAGCUGGAUGAAGAGGCACGAGAUGCCUUUCCUGACAAGGAGGAGCCGCCAAUGAUGGUUGGUGGGCUGGUCAACGCGGCCUUUGAUGAUGAAGAGGAAGAAGAAGAAAGGGAGGUAGCACAGUUCCCAGAACAGCAGAGGAAAGCUGAGGUGCGGGAAGAUGAACAAGACCUGGAACAGCAGGAAGAAGAAUCUGAAUCAGAGGAAGAGGAAGAAGAUGCCAUACAUGUGGAUGUACCUGUGUCACAACCUGAAGAGGAGAAACCACUUCAACAGGAAGACCUGUUUGCUGACCAGCCGUCUGACCAGGUGGUGCCGCAGCCCGACAUUGUUCCAGGUAUUUCCAGAGAAGAGGAGGAAGAUGAGAUAAAAGAAGCACCAGUUUCCGUGCCUGCAGAGGAGGUACAGAUGCCUGCAGAAGUUCCCAAAGAAAGUGCAAUUCCAGACGAGGACUUUGAGAGAGAGGUAGACGUCAGUGUGCCUGCUGAGGAGGUUGCCAUGCCAACUGAGCCUGUUGCCAUGCCAACUGAGCCUGUUGCCAUGCCAACUGAGCCUGUUGUCAUGCCAACUGAGCCCACUGCUGUGCCAGCUGAGCCUGUCUCCAUGCCACCAGAACCAGCCCCCCAAGAGACCCUGUCCCCAGAGGAUGAAGAGGCAUUAGCUCUGGAGGAAGAGGAGCUUGCCAGGGAGCUUGCCAGGGAGGAAGCUGAAUUAGCCAGAGAAGAAGAAGAAGAAGCCAGACUUGUCUCAGGAGAAGUAGAGACCAAGAUGGACACUGCUGAAGAUAAGCCAGAGGUUGCUGCUUUCAUUACUGAGGAGCCUGGAGAGGCUCGCGUGCUUUCACCUGAACCUGGAGAGGCCCAUGUGCUUUCUCCUGAGGCUGAGGAGACCCAUGUGCUCUCUCCUGAGGCUGAAGAGGCUCAUGUGCUUUCUCCUGAGGCUGAGGAGGACCGUGUGGUUUCUCCUGAGGCUGAGGAGGCCCAUGUGCUUUCUCCUGAUGCUGAGGAGGCUCAUGUGUUUUCUACUGAGCCUGGAGAGGCUCGUGUGCUCUCACCUGAGGCUCCUAGCGAGGAAGAGGUUGCUUCUCCAGAGCUAGCUGCUGCCAUGGCAGAAAAACCUGUCACCCCCUCCACGGAGGAGGCCAUGCCGACCCCGGACGAGCUGGCCAUGCAGAGGGGAGUCAUGGAGGAGGCUGACCAGGCAGAGGACGUCGUUCUCACCAAGGAAGUGCCAGAAUUCGCAGCAGCUCUGGGAGCCGGAGCCAUCUUUGGAAGCUUCGGGGAAGCAAAAGGAGAGGUUGCUCCUGAUGACUUACCAGUGGAAAAGACCACGCCGACAUUUUCCGAGGCCGAAACGUUACCAGCCGAGACACCGGAGACCCUACCGUUAGCAGAGACGCCAGAAAAGUUACCUGCCGAGACACCUGAAAAACUGCUGGAAGAGACAUCUGAUGAGACACCUGAGAAGCCACCUGAGGAGACACCUGUUGAAGAUGUUGCAGCUGCAAAACCUACACCUGAGCCAAAGAAGAAGGAGGAGGCUAAGAAGAAGGAGGGCAAGGAUAUUAAGAGAUUUGCCCUUUCUUCAAGUAAGAUUCCGGUUAAAGCAGCUACCCCCACGCCAGGCAAACAGAAGCCAGAGAAGAAAACACCUAAGUCAGCCCCACCAACGAGAGCUGCCCCUCCAAGACCUCGACCGUCUUCCGCUACGCCAACCGGCGCUAAGAGACCAGCCGCUGUAGCUAAGACUCGAGAUAGAACAAGGCCGGGAACAAACAACGCAGAGAGGGCUACCAGGCCAAAACAACUCAACAGACCCAGAGCCGACAAGAAGAAGCCACCAGAGAAGCCUAAGCCCAAAGCGGCGUCACCACGAACUCCAAAGACUGAUGACAAGACUGCAAAGCCGCCAGCGCCAAGGAAGCCAAAGGACGUAAAGGAAAAAGUUCAGAAGAAAGUCGCGGAAAAGAAACCUCCCACAGCCGCAAAGGCUGCUAAACCUGCUACUGAGAAAAGGGCGCCCAAACAAAAGCCCAAGAAGCCUGAGCCUCCUCAAAACGACAAGGUGGAGCCCAAGGAAAACAAAAAAGAGGCUCCGGGCACCCCCAACAGUCGUCCAAGCUCGACCCGGAGCAGCGGCUCAAUGCCGGACACAAAGAAGGUCAAGUCCAAGAUUGGAUCAACCGCCAACAUACAUCACAAGCCAGGGGGCGGAAAUGUGCCAAUCUUCAGUGACAAGACAGAUUACAGCAAGGUGUCAUCCAAGUGUGGCUCAAAAGACAAUAUAAAACACACUCCUGGAGGCGGUAAUGUUGCGAUCACCCACGUCAAACAAGACUUUAGCAAAGUUGGAUCCAAAUGUGGUUCAAAGGAUAACAUCAAGCACUCUCCAGGGGGAGGGAAUGUUAAAAUUACUGAGGUUAAGCAGGACUACAGUCGAGUGUCCUCGCGCUGCGGCUCCAAGGACAACAUAAAACACACGCCGGGUGGCGGCAACGUAAAGAUUGCAAGUGCAAAGGUUGAUUUCACCAAAGUUGGAUCCCGCUGUGGAUCCAAAGACAACAUAAAGCACACCCCCUCUGGUGGAGACGUAAAGAUUGCGAGCGUAAAGGUCGAUUACAGCAAAGUUGGGUCUCGAUGUGGAUCGAAGGACAACAUAAAGCACAGUCCAACCGGCGGAGAUGUGAGGAUCAAGCACAAGAAGCUGGAUUUCAGCAAUGUGCAGUCCAAGUGUGGAUCCAUGUCCAACAUCAAGCACAAGGCUGGGGGAGGACAGGUGAAAAUCGAGAGCCGCAAACUUGGCUUCAAGGACAAAGCCGCUUCCAAGGUCGGAUCUCUGGACUAUGUUGACCACAAGCCUGGUGGUGGGGAGAAGAAGAUUGAGACAGUAAAACUAGACUUCAAGGACAAGGCUCAGUCAAAGGUCGGGUCACUCGAUUAUGUAGAUCACCAACCCGGAGGAGGGGACAAGAAGAUUGAGACAGUAAAACUAGACUUCAAGGACAAGGCUCAGUCAAAAGUCGGGUCACUCGAUUAUGUAGAUCAUCAGCCAGGAGGAGGAGACAAACAGAUUGAGACAGUAAAACUAGACUUCAAGGAGAAAGCCCAGUCAAAAGUCGGGUCACUCGAUUAUGUAGAUCACCAACCGGCCGGAGGAGACAAGAAGAUUGAGACAGUAAAACUAGACUUCAAGGACAAGGCUCAGUCAAAGGUCGGGUCACUCGAUUAUGUAGAUCACCAACCCGGAGGAGGGGACAAGAAGAUUGAGACAGUAAAACUAGACUUCAAGGACAAGGCUCAGUCAAAAGUCGGGUCACUCGAUUAUGUAGAUCAUCAGCCCGGAGGAGGAGACAAACAGAUUGAGACAGUAAAACUAGACUUCAAGGAGAAAGCCCAGUCAAAAGUCGGGUCACUCGAUUAUGUAGAUCACCAACCGGCCGGAGGAGACAAGAAGAUUGAGACAGUAAAACUAGACUUCAAGGACAAGGCUCAGUCAAAGGUCGGGUCACUCGAUUAUGUAGAUCACCAACCCGGAGGAGGGGACAAGAAGAUCGAGACCCAGAAGCUUAGCUUCCGUGAAGAGGCCAAGGCCAGAACAGACACUGGGUUCGACGGCGGGAGUCCAAGACGUGAGAGCGUAGGGUCCGCUGCGUCUGGCGGAACGGGGACCUCAUCUUAGUCCCGUGGCCCGGAGACCGUUUAGCGUCACGAGGCAGCGAAAAACCAUAGUUAAGCAUGACUUUGUCUUGUAACCCCAAGGCCUAAGUGAAGCAAUGUUGUUUCCUAGUAGUACCAUACUAUACUGUACGUCCGCUUUCAUCCUUGUGAUUCCAAAUACACUGUACAAGAUGCAGAUUAUAACCAAGGAAGCAUAUUACAAGAAAACUGAAUAGAGAGGAAAGAUUUGUGCUACUGAGUUAGGUCCAGUGUAGGCAAGCAUCUGUUAUUGAGUGGGAGAAAUAGAUACUUUGAAGGUUGGAUGUUUAGUAGGGAUAUGUCCCUAUAUAGUGUACUGCAUUGUUAAUGUUAAAACUGAUGUCAUAAGAAAAGGACUUUGAAUUUGAAACAGGCAAUGUUUAUUGAAUACGAAGCUGUGAACAUUUCAAAGGUUGCUAAAUACUGAGUGACAACAAGCACUCAUAUACUGAGCACUGAACGGCCCCCCACCGAGAUCGUUGUACAAAGUUUGAAAUAGAUAUAAAGUGCUUUGCAUGCAGUCCUGAUGACACAUUUGUGGACAAUUUUAGAAGCUUACCAAUUAAAAUGUACUAAUGCCUAACGGCCCUACCAUCCCCCUAAGUGACUAUCGACUCUUCUCAAGAUUAGAUAUGUUAGCUAGCUUGCAAUCACUGAUGUAGAUAGUAGAUCGUAAGUUGCACGUUAAACAAUUAUGCUAAUACUGCUACAUGUAGCUUUGCUGGAAUGACAUGAAUGUUUUGGCUUUCAUAUAGAGGUGAAAAAUGGUUUUGGAGCCCGUGUAAACUGCUUAAGAAAGGUUUUAUGAAAAAAAAUGUGAGAGUACCGGACAAAAGGGGAAUGUGGAGCAUUGAGUCAGUAGAUUUGAUUUUUUAAAGGUUGACUCUUUUUACGAGGAAUGGUUUUUAAGACAGUCAUAUAACUUUUAUUGAUCUUAAACAAGAAGAAAGAAUUUGGAGUGGGAAUUAUGAAUUGUAGGGAAGAAGAGAUUUUGAACAGGGCUACCAAGUUUUAAUGAAAUUGACACCCUAAAGUUGUGAUUAUAACAAAAAAAUGGAUGACAAAACUUGUAGGUUUGUCCAAGCAGUAAAAAAAAACAUGUUUCUGGCAAACUUGAACUAUAUGUAAGAGAUGUUUGCUUUUUGUCGGUUUGCUUCAGAAUAUGCAGUAUACAUGUGGUAAUAUAUUAAUAAUUUGCUUUGUUGUAGUCAAUGUGGCAAAUGCAUUUUAACAGAUAAGAAACUUUGCAAAGGAGUCAGAAUCGGAAGAUAAUAAGAUUUAGUUGCUUAAUCGCACUUCUUAAAGAGAUUGCAUGAAAACCUUUAUUGUAUGCAGUGUCGGUUAGCUUGAACAUUUUGCUUCAAAAUUAUUUGCUCCCUAUCUGUUACGAAAAGCUGAAGUCGGAUGUACAUAAUUUGAGCUACAGCUUGAAUUUAGAACAAAGCAAGGCCAGUGAUGAUGUGGAAUAACUUUUGUGGCAACGGCUUUCAAGAUAAAAACUGAUUCAGUGCAAUGCUUAAGAAGUCACUGAUAGUUUCCAACUGACUUUUCUGCUGCAGACUGUUCUUGUAUUAGCAGUUGCUGCCUUGUCUUCAACAGCACUGGCAGAAACUGAGCAAAACCAUAACAUUAACCAGAAUCUGAUCUCUUGACAGCAGUGUAAUGUGUAAGUAACUAGAGCAAUUCCCAUACUUAAAACAGAAUUACUACAUGUUAUGUAUUUUAACUUAUUUGAGAUUGCGAUUUAUUUUUCACAUUGUGCGACCAUUUACUCUGAAUGUGUGUUUUGUGUUAUGUUACUGCCAUUGAAUGCACAUGAUAAAAUUUGUAACAACAGUUUUGGAUUGGGAAGAGUUUAUUUUAAAGUGAUCAAAAUGGUAGCUUUUUUUAUUUGAUUGAUAGCCCUCAAACGUAACACAAAUUGAGUGAGUGGCGCCUGUGAAUGUGUUAUUAUCUUGAUACAUGUACAUCAAGAGGUUUGAGGAAAGAUAUGAAGAAAAUGAUGUCCUAUGCUAGAUUCUAAGCAUUGGUGUUGAGUAUUGAUAGGCAUGGUGAGGCUUAGUCAAAACCUGGUAAGUUGGCUUUUACCCCCAGAAAUCAAAUUAUUUGUGACUGACAGUACCAACUGCAAGGCGACCCUUAGAACUUUUUGUCAAUUUGGGUAGGAAAAUGAAAUUCCUUGGGUUACAGAUAAAACCAGCUCAUAGAAACCAUUCUUUGAAUUGAAGUGAUUUUGAUUUUUGGGAGAACUACUGUGAGAAAGGAACAUCAGAAUGGUACCGUUCACAAUGCAAACCUCCAAAAGGCCACGCCAAUUUGAUUUGAGGUUUCAAAUAUUGGUUUCACUGAUAUUUUACAGUCUGCACACAAGUGAACACUGAAUCUUAAAUACAUUCAUUUUGAUUGGAAAUUAAGAUAUCCCACGUUUUGCUAAAAUGCCAGCUGUAUUUUAUUCUAUAUCAGAACUUUCUGCUUUAUCCCAACGUUUUUCAGAGAAAGUUCUGACAAACAACUUAUCAGAUUGAAAUGGCCUAACGUUGGAGUCAUCACUUUAUGGACAAGUGAACUAACGCAGCAUGUUUAUGCCAAGUAUUCUGGUUAAGACACAGCUUCUAUUUUCCUUACAGUUUGCCCUCACUGCUAGAUUUACUCAUAAGGCUAGGUGUGCUGGGUAAUCAUUUGUUUUGAUGUGUUUCACUGUAUCAACGUUGCGCACAAGCAUAUAUGGUUGUUUUGUUCUAUUUAUUUGUUUGCAGUGUCACUUAUAUAUCUGUGAAGAGAAUGGCAAUUGCUCUAGGUAGACUAGUACAUACUCUGUAUCUCUUCGCUUGAUAUUGCACCAAUAAAAGGCCCCCUGGCUUCUUAAGUUGGAA